UUUCGUUCAUUCAGCUCUGGUGAUUUUUCCAUUUUCCCGCUUACUUUCACUUCUCGUUUUUCAAGCUGAUUCCUCAAUUUUCACUUCCAUUUUCUUCCGAAACAAGUUGAAUUCACUGGAAUUUCUUCAUCGAUCACCAUUAUGGCUUCAACAUCUAAGAAUCCAGGAGAUAUGGAGAUGAUGCCAUUGCUGCCUCCACGUGGUGAAGGAUAUCAGCGCAGCGAUGCACCAGUAGUAACAGGAAAUGAUGGGGAUAAUCAGCUACCAGAGGAUCCCCAAACAUUCACUUGGAAGGUAGUGAACUUCUCUAGGUUGAAUGUAAAGAAGCUCUACUCUGACGAUUUUAUUGCUGGAGGCUAUAAAUGGCGGAUUUUAAUUUUCCCCAAGGGCAAGAAUGCUGAAUACUUGUCUAUGUAUCUGGCUGCUGCUGAUUCUGCUGCUUUACCUAGUGGGUGGAUUAUAUAUGCCGACUUCAGUUUGUCAGUAGUUAAUCAAACUCAGAAUGAUUACUCAAUCAGAAAAGAGACACAACACAGAUUCUGUUCUACGGCAAGUGAAUGGGGUUUCGAACUCUUUAUGUCACUUGCUGAGCUAUACGAUCGUGAUAAGGGUUAUCUUGUUGGUGAUGUGUGCACCAUUGAAGCUGAGGUUGCUGUGCUAUCAGAUUCUGAGUAUAUGUCGUACGACUCAAUAAACUCAAAAAAAGUCACUAAUUUUGUUGGACUCAAGAAUCAAGGAGCUACAUGUUAUUUGAACUCUCUGCUCCAGACUUUCUACCAUAUUCCUUACUUCAGGAAGGCUGUAUACCACAUGCCUACAACUGAGAAUGAUAUGCCCCUGGCCUUGCAAAAUUUAUUCUACAAGCUCCAAUUCAGUGACGACAGUGUAGCAACAAGGGAGUUGACAAAGUCAUUUGGGUGGGACUCUUCUGACGUUUUCAAGCAGCAUGAUGUGGAAGAACUCAAUAGACUUCUAUGUGAAAAGCUUGAGGGAAAGAUGAAGGGAACCAUUGUGGAGGGUACCAUACAACAGUUAUUUGAAGGGCACAAUAUGAGCUACAUUGAGUGUAUCAGUGUGGACUACAAAUCUACGCACAAGGAGACAUUUAAUGAUAUUCAGCUUCUUGUCAAAGGUUGUUCUGAUGUUUAUGCUUCUUUUGAUAAAUAUGUUGAAGUUGAUUAUCUUGAUGGUGAUAACAAAUAUAAGUCAGAGGUAUAUGGUUUGCAGGAUGCAAAGAAGGGUGCGUUGUUUAUUGAUUUCCCCCCCGUCCUGCAGCUUCAUUUAAAGCGCUUUGAAUAUGAUAAUAUGCGAGGCAAUGAUUCAAAGAUAAAUGACCGAUAUGAGUUCCCUUUGCAACUUGAUCUGGACAGAGAGAAUGGUAAAUACUUGUCUUCCGAGGCUGAUAGAACUGUCAGAAACCUUUACACACUUCACAGUGUAUUAGUCCAUGGGGGUAGUGUGACAGGUGGACACUAUUAUGCUUUCAUACGGCCAACUCUUUCAAACCAGUGGUAUAAAUUUGAUGAUGAAAGAGUGACUAAAGUAGAUGCAAAAAGGGCAUUAGAAGAGCAAUAUGGUGGUCAAGGGAAGUUGCCACAGACAAAUUCUGAAUACGGCUUUCAAAUUUCUCAGAACUCAAAUGCUUACUUACUGGUCUAUAUACGAGAAAGUGAUAAAGAGAAAAUAAUGUGUAAUGUUGAUCAGAAGGACAUAGGUGAACACCUGAGGGCAAGGUUUAAAAGAGAUCAAGAGGAUGAAGAGCAGAAAAAGAAGGAAGAAUCAGAGGCAAACCUUUACACAAUUAUAAAGGUUGCUCGCGAUGAAGAUAUGCAACGGCAGAUUGGAAAGGAUAUAUAUUUUGAUCUAGUGGAUCAUGAGAAAGUUAAGAGUUUCCGCAUUCAAAGAGAGACACUUUUUAGUGCUUUCAAGGAGGAUAUCAAAAAAGAGUUUCGUGUACCAGUGCAAUUUCAACGUUAUUGGCUCUGGGCCAAGCGUCAGAAUCACACGUAUCGUCCUGAUCGGCCAUUGACCCGUCUUGAAGAAGCUCAAACUGUUGGACAACUGAGGAAAGUGUUCAAUAAGUUUCACAAUGCAGAGCUAAAAUUGUUUCUGGAAGUAGAGUUGGGACCGGAACUAAUGCUCCUCUCUCCACCGGAAAAGGCCAAAGAUGAUAUUCUGCUUUUUUUCAAGCUUUAUGAUCCUGAGAAAGAAGAUAUGCGGUAUGUUGGAAGGCUCUUUGCGAAGGGAAUCAGUAAUCCCAUGGAAAUCUUGAGCAAACUAAAUGCAAUGGCUGGCUAUGCCCCAGAUCAAGAGAUUGAGCUUUAUGAGGAAAUAAAGUUCGAACCAAGUGUCAUGUGUGAAAACAUUGACAAGAACUCCACUUUUCGAUCAAACGAGCUUGAGGAUGGUGAUAUAGUAUGCUUCCAAAAAUCUCUAACGGCUGAAAGUCGACAACAAUUUCGUUAUCCUGAUGUUCCUUCAUUCCUGGAGUACGUUCACAAUCGCCAGGUCGUUCACUUCCGAUCUUUAGAUAAACCCAAGGAGCAGGGUUUCUGUUUAGAGCUGUCUAGAAUCAAUACAUAUGAUGAAGUUGUGGGAAGAAUUGCUCAACAACUCGAGUUGGAUGAUCCCUCCAAAAUUAGGCUCACAUCCCAUGACUGCUUGUCUCAGCAACCUAAACCUCAACCAAUAAAAUACCGAGGUUUAGACUACCUUGUAAAUAUGCUGGUCCACUACAAUAAGAUUUCUGAUAUAUUGUACUAUGAAGUACUGGACAUUCCUUUGCCAGAAUUUCAAGGUUUGAAACCCUUUAAAGUAGCUUUUCAUCGCGCUACCAAAGAUGAAGUGGUCAUUCACAUGAUCAGUCUACCAAAACAAAGUACUGUGGAUGAUGUAAUGAAAAAUCUAAAGACAAAGGUUGAGUUGUCGCAUCCAGAUGCAGAGCUAAGAUUACUAGAGGUAUUCUGCCAUAAGAUUUACAAGAUAUUGCCAACUACAGAGAAGAUAGAAAACAUAAAUGAUCGGUACUGGACGCUACGGGCCGAAGAGAUACCUGAAGAAGAGAAAAAUAUUGGCCCACAUGAUCGUUUGGUUCAUGUAUACCACUUUAAUAAGGAGGCAGCACAAAACCAAAUGAAAAUUAAAAAUUUUGGGGAACCUUUUCUCUUGAUUAUCCGCGAGAAGGAGACAUUAGCUGAACUUAAGCUGCGUAUACAGAAGAAAUUGCAGGUCCCCGAUGAAGAUUUUGCUAAGUGGAAAUUUGCAAUCGUCACGUUUGAUUGGCCUGAGUACCUUGAGGACUUGGACAUCUUGUUGAGUCGUUUCCAGCAAAGGGGGAAUGUCUCUCGUGCUCGGGAGCAGUAUCUUGGAUUGGAGCAUUCUGACGGUGCUUUUAAAAGGACGCAUGCAACACAUCAGGUAAUUUGUGUAUCCGGUUCUGACAUGUGGGCAUUACAAUUCAGUCUGAUUCUUGUUCCGGGAGCACCUGUUUCUGAUAUGGAUGUGAAGUGUGGUUCAGAUGCAGCAUCCCCAUAUCCUACUGAUCAAUCUCGUCUGUGA